AUGCUUGAGCGUGUUCUGGAGGAGAAUCACGCCAACCACCACAUAUUCACUACAACCGAAGACCAUAAAGGUGUUUACUUUCAUAACCAUAUCGCACACCAUGAUAUCACUAUUUGGGCUCUUGGUGCCAGCCCAGAGACCAUUCGAUCACAACAUGAUCGUAACAGUCUAUAUCAGAGAGGCGCGAUGGAAGUUCAAAACACACUCGUUGAGGAUAUGACUGAACCGUCAGUCUUCAAGAGGUGUCUUGGCAGGGAAGAAAACUUUCUGAAUUUCUGUCUUUUCUUUGAGAAAGAGAUCGAUCGCAUUGGGUACCAAGCCGUAUUGCAAAGAUACCUUGUUGAUGGCAGUGCUAUGGCUGAUGAUAUCCUAUGCCGCAUUUAUAUGGGCUACGUACACGGUAUCAUCCAUAUCGGCAUGGCCCUAGAGUUCAAACAGGCUAGAUUGCUUGCAGAGGGUUUUGCUCAGGCAUGCGUCCAUCACGAUUGGUGGUAUACGGACUACCUCACGGAAGCGGAAAAGCUUUCCAAAAGACAAGUUGAGCCCCCGCUCCCAUUAAGUGCUUGUGUGGAUCUCGCUCGGGCGAACGAUAAGAUUCGCAAUUGUUCGAGCCCAUACUACCAUAUGCAAAAGAGAAAGAUUACUGGAGAAAUGUGCCUCGAUCUUGAGCCCGCUCGCGAUGGUGUGCUGAAGAACGCAGGUCCAGAUUUAAUUCGGGUUGCUGCGCGAUAUCGCGUCGACCCAAAUGACUUAGGGAGAGCAACUGCUGAACUUCAAAACACUGCGGUAUAUCUGACGGCCGGAGCUCAGCGCCCGCCGUACGUUUGCGCAUUUGACUUUUUUCUCUUGCACAGUGUAACAUCAAGUAUUGGUCACACAAUGUUCCUUGCAGAACCCUCGCUCACUCCCGAGCAAAAGGCUCGGCUCCUAGAAUACACUGGCCGAGUGUACUUGCUGUCGUAUGCUGGACAAGGGUGUCCGGAGAUCCGUCUUGACUGGUUGUCAUCGCAUCCAUCUCGAUUACCCAAUCAGGGUUGGGAUGAGGUAUUUGAUCGGGCGUGCUACCACGAGGACGACGGCCACAUGUGCAAGCUUAUUCGGUGCAUGGCCCACGCCCAGGACACCUCGAAGCCAUAUGAUCAUCUGCCCGAGUUUCGGGUCAAACAGUCUGUUUUCUUAACCGCAGGAAUUGCGGCUAUUGACUCCGGUAGCUCGCAGCCCAUGGAUGGAACAAAACAUUUUGAUUUCAUUCGUGGCGCUGGGUUCGCGGAGGCUUGGCAGAAAUUUCCUAAACGAGUUGGUAAUCCAGCUGGAAGACCCCACCUGUAG